AUGAGAGAUGAGAUACUGGCUGGCGAUGCCUCGUCCAUGAAUCGAACUCGUCCACACGAACCAAGGAAUCCUUAUACAUUCUGGAAUACUGUCUCUCCAAGUACCCUUGCUCAUACUGCUACCCCUCCAGCCUCAAAUGACGUCUCCCCAAGCUCUCCAAAAUCUGGACUUUCCUCCCCCUGGUCAUACCUCCACUCUCCAAUAAGCCCAACAGUGAACUUUGUGUCUUCACCGUCAAAAGUUGCCUGUUCAUCCACAUUCACCCGCGAGGGACCAGAUCCGGGAAGGGUAGAGCAUCAUAAAGACGCCACCAGCGGUGGGAUAUCUCUUGAUUCAUCGCCUUCAGGGUCGACAACAAAAGAUCUCGAGCAUACACGCUCUGCUCGCAACAGCUCUGAGCCGGGUCGUCCAAUUCAGCGUCCAGUCUCGCACCCAGCGGUCUCGACAGCGUCUCGAGCCCCAUGGCCAAAGGACAUCCUGGCCCAACAGCAUUCCCAUUCUUUCUAUCGUCCGUUCCAAAUCAAAGAGUUUGACCAGUCGUCCGUCUGUGUUCAGCCUUCGCUCAUGAGAAUGGAGUCGACAGACUUGGCUGGCCCUAUCCAUUCGAGUGGUGUCGACGAUUUAUUAGAGUCAAUGAUAAAGUCAAAUAUGACACAUGCCGAAGCCUCAAAGUCGUGGACCACCGCUUUCUUGCCCUCUGUAUCUUCUUCUGCACAUCCGGCACGGGAUAUUGACAUGGAAUCGAGCUUCAUGAGUGGGAGCAUGGAGACAGUGAGACCAGAGAUACCAGUGCCCCUUUUUACCCCGAUCGACACGAUGGCUGCUAAUGAUGGUCUCUGCAAGCUGCCAUCGCCGACCUGCGAUGGUGACCCGCACUAUCCGUUCAACUCGUCGUUUUGCCCAGAAAGACAGCCUAGCGUCGCCUUGUGGAGCAGGAGGCAUAUGGACGUUCCGCCAUUACCUUUGUCCAGAAGCAACAUCUUUUCAUCGGGCUCCAGAGGUGAGGAGGUAAUCUUGAACCCUCGGAGGUCCAGGCCGACGCCCGAGAUGGUACCGCAGAGCCAGAGCAGAGAAGGACAAAGGAGCAAUGGCGAAGCCGCAGGCUCCGAAAGUAAGGUUGCUUCAGCGCAUCAACGCCGACCUCACCUAUCUAAUGCUCUUGAUUCACCAUCUUCUACAAAGACUCUGCCACAUUGCUUCGAUCAUGGAUCCCUCCUGGUGACUCAUUCUGCACCAAAGCAGAUGCAGGUCGAAACACUUCAGGCAUUGGUUGACGCUGUGAACAAAGAUUGGAUGCAGACGCUGGAAUCAGACCCUGAGCUCUGGCUCCGUUGUGCUCCACUGCCGCCAGGUGAUUUGUUCGAAAAAGGCAUCGGGACCCUGAGGGAAUAUUUUCGUGGCAGAUUGGGACAGACCUUCGAUGACGUCUUUGCGUUUAUACAUCUGGCAUUUGCUGCCGCGUUUCUCUUACACUAUCAGCAGGAUUUUUAUGGCUUGGAUACUUUUUACUACGACGCUCUUCAGUGGCAGCAUGCGCUUUCCGACAAGGACGACAAGAUCUUGUUUCUGAAGGUUAUGGAUCGUUUCGAGGAGGCAGAUAUUUGUGAAAGGAAUGCUCAAUAUCCGCCCAAGGAAUUGGCCCUAUUUGCCCAGUCUCGGACCGACGAAAUCGAGCACUUGAUCGAGCAUAUCACUCGCCCGCUCCAGCAUGAGCGCGGCGUAGAAGCUCUUCGAAGGAUCGUGGUUGAUACCGAGUUUCGAAUAGCUUGUGGGUUAUUGCAGGACCUGCGUGAAGUCGAGGUCACCUUGAAUACCAGUGGUAGAUGGAGCUCUGAGUCACCUGAAAUGUUUGAAAGAUAUCACAAUAUCGUCACAAACCAAUGUAACAAAGCGCUGCCGUCGAGGGACUCAGACUGGUAUCCCGCCUGGCGUAAUGGUCAUUAUAUCGUCGACUUGGUCCGAGUACUGGAAAUGUCGAAAUUGCAGGACAGACCCGACGCCCUUGAAUCCGCUUUCGAGCUUUGGCCAGAUACCAGUGAACUCGAAGCUAUUCAUCCGAUCCAGCCACUUUCCGAUUCGUCUGCUCCUUGGUAUCCAACAGAUAAUGGAGCUAGGACCCUCGACUCCUCUCAAAUCAGCGACGUGCGUCGGAGGUCUACGGCUGAUUCAGAGAGACCCAAAGUCAGCACCCGGCCUACCUCGCUGACCACUUUGUCUCAAGCCUCCAUCUCCCCAACGUCGCUAACCCCCAACACUCCAACAACUUCAACUAUCCAAUUAUCGGCGUCAUCAACGAACGUCCCCAAGACACAAUAA